GCUGCUUCUUUGACAUGUCUAUUACGCCCAUUGUGAAGCUUUAUUAUCUGCGACCUAAAACGUGGGACCGGUUGGCACUCGUUGCAGCUUUUCAACCCAACACCACCACUUGUCCCCACUUAAGGGUGUCUUCAAUGGGUGGUGAGACAUACACGAGCAGAAACUAUAUUAUAACAGACCUGCGCGCAUAGAAACAGAGACUUUUGUUCUCGAAGCGCGGCCAUGUCCGGACUCGCGUGUUAAAAGCGCGUUGUCUCGGACCGCUGAGGCUAGGAUAAGCGGCUUCUUGGACGCUGCGUUCCAGCGUGGCCCCCCGCGAAGAGCCCUCCGGCGAUGGACCAAAACAGUACACUCCGGAGCGCCUCGCCAGUGCCGCCCCUGAGUGCGGAGGCGAGCGGAGGACAUGUUGUUCCUCUCCCAGCACUUCCGGGCGCAAAUGGCAGCUCCAGUCCCCGGGGGAGCGCGCGCGCAGUCGACAGGUCACAGGGCGUGAACCUGUCCGCCUCCACGGAUGACAUCCCCGGACCCGGGCCCGCGGCAGGCAUGGGCAUGGGCAUGGGUGGCGCCGUCACAGGCAGUGGCGUUGCUGCAUGCCAAGAGCACGCUGGCAUGCCUGGCGACACAAUUGACCAGCUAGAACGCCUUGCUGCGCGAGCAGCAGAUAGGCGACUCGGGCCAAAUGACACGGAGCGGCGGCUAACGGGCGUCCCCUCCUCAAUGCUGGCUGGGCCGCCGGUGGUGGGCGGCUUCGGAAUGCUGCCGCUCCGAGCGCACCUACGGGGCCGUGAGGCCUUGUGGGCGGCCCGACUCGUCCAGGCAGAAGCUGCCGCGCCCACGGAGCAACACCACCCCUUGCACCGCGUUGUGGCCCUCAGCCUACAACGGCACCAUCCCUCGCUGCGCCCAUGGACCAUGCUCACAGCCCGCCCUGACGUCCGACCCAUGGGAUGCCAGUUGCCGGGCGACUUGCUGCGCGAGGCUUUGGGCCAUCUCCCGCCUGUGAGAGCGGUGAGGACGCCGCCACCAGCGCCAGGCGACUGGUGCUGGGCAGCACCUUUGUGGGGCAAUCCGCUCCUGCCUGAGGGUGACCACACCCGACGGCCUGGCCUUGAGGCGCACCAUACACGCCUCGCAGCGUGUCGCCACCUGCGCACCGUAGGUGACCUGGUGCAAGCACUGACAGCGGCGGCAGCAUGGCGGGCAACACGGCCAGUGGGAGCGACUGGAGGUGUGGCAUGGGAGGAAUGGGUGCGGCAGCACCUUGACCCAGAGACGCAGCUGCGCGAGCAGCCGGCACUCGAGGGCCUGAAUAGCCUUGCAGCAGACAUACCAGAGACCUGGCUGGCAGCAGCACGUGCAGUGCAGGAACGGCUCCAGGCUGGGUUGGGCCCCGCCCUGCCCUCGGAAUCGGCAGUGGUUCGGCUGAUCAUGCCUUGCCUUGGCUGGAGGAUACCUGGCAUGCAGCAACCCCUGACGGCCCUGACAAGGCGGACAUACGCGAGGUGCUCACGCGCCUGCUCGCGGCAGACCCCACCAAGCGCGACGCGGCGGCCGCAGGCGAGGGCGGUGGAGGACUCGGUGAUGGACUGGGCCGAGGCCACGGGCAGCGCCGCGGUGGGGCCCGGCACGCUACGAACCGCGCUGCUCAAGGUCAACGGCAACACAGACGUGGACACGCAGCGCCUUCUACACAUGGCUGUCUCUGAGCCACCUCCUGGCCGCUGCAUAUGGCCACUUCAUGCCUCACUUUUGGCCAAGGACAGGGGGUUCCAGCGGCUACUCCACGGCCGAAACCUGCGUGGCAUGUGGUAAGAAAGCUCAACGGGCUGUACCUAUGGGUGUUGACGGCGGGAGACAGGGGUUCCCCUGGCGGGAGAGUGAGUUUUGGUCGGCGGGAAGCAGGGGAGGAGUGGGCGUGUCGUGUCGGUGUCGACAUCGUGCGGGUCGGGGGCGGAGCCCCCGGAAGAAUUUUGGGGGUGAACGAAGCGGCGCCAGCCUGUUUCGUCAACUAAACGAAGCCAUUUCAAGGAAUUCGGCCACUGACGCCGCCCCUGCCUUCGUAAGAUACGAGCGCUGAGCAGGCGGCGGCGUGCUUAAGGCAGCACCACUGCCGGCACACAAGCGCGCGAGUGGUGCACAGCCCCCACGCGAUGGCGCAAGCCGCCGCGGUGGUGGGGAGGUGUGGCGGCGGCUGGAGGCGCCGCAGGGCCUCCGGCGAGGCCCUGGGCAUGCCUCCCGCGCCGUGCUGGCGGCUGCGGCGUCAGGGCCGGGCAUAGCUGGACCGCCGCUGGGUGAUGCGGCACCCGGCGGCGUGCCAUACCCUGGCGCUGAGUGCCAGCGUUGCUAGGCCCCGCCUCUCCCGCAGCGGCACCUGCCGCCACUGCCUGCUCCUGCAGCCUGGCUGACCGCCGUGGCCCAUCGCCCGCUGCUGGCUGUAAGGGAGACCCGUAGGACCGAAGUUCACGGGCUGGCGUGUUGUCCUGGGUGGCAGCCGCAGACGUGCGGUGAAGCCAACCUCAAGGGCGACGGUGUUGCUGCGGAAAUGCUGCGCCUGUGUGGCUGUGAGCAUCUGGUUUCUCUUCCGGUGGAACAGCGUCACUUCUUGGCCAGCAUUUCUUUCAGCGGUGCCUUCUGGUAGUUUCUUUGCAGGGUUGGUUCUGGUUUUGCUGGGGUUUCUUGGUUUUGUCUUAAGAGCAUGGACCUUCGGGCCGCCUGUCUCUUGCAUCACGCACUGACUUCUUGCAUGACGUUGGGUACUUGCGCUGCUUUGGUGUUUUGAGGGGGGGUUGGGUUGUAGGGUCGGGACUAUGCUUUGUUUUGCUGUGUCUGGAGGGGAGGGGUGGGGUACGUAUCCAUAUUGCGAGCAGGAUUGGGUAAGGACGAGGAGGAGGCUAGCUGCGUCGUGCUCAAGAGUGUCACGAAGGCGGACGCUCCCAAAGCGAAGCUAGGCGAUUUCUCUUAGCUGCCGGGGCUGCGGGAGGAGGGCCUACUAACCUACAUGCGCGUGCUCAGCACGGAGCAGGGUGGGGGACUCCUGGGGGUUUAGAAUCUUCCAAAUUAUACCCCAUGUCAUCUAUACUGCGCGUGUGUUUGUUUCUUUCGCAUUCACACAACGAUACCCCAUGCCUCAACAGAGUAUAGCAGCUUGCAAGUUAUUUGACAUGGUCAGGUUGCGACAUAUGGACAUGUGAAUUGCGACAUACGACAUUGCGACAUAACGCACAUACAGCCCAAACGCAUCCAAACCCGCCAAACAUAUUGUGGAUGCAUUCAAUAUGCCUCUGGUAAGCGUGGAACGCCGUGGCACACAACAAAACGUGUCACGGUUGCCACGGUGGUGGUGGCGUGGCGUAGGGUGCGGCCAGUGGGAGGAGCUUGUGGCUAUGCUAGCGCAAUGCACCGCCGCAAAGCUGGGAGAUGUUACUUGCAUGAGCUCCAGGACGCGUAGCUAUGCAAAUGUGGGCGAGUCUUGGUAUGUCGGUAUGUCGUAUGUUGCUAUGUCACAUGUCGCAUGUCGCAACCUUGCCAUGUCAAACAAUUUGCACACAGCCAUACAGAGCAAUGAGAGCGUUCGAAAUCAUACUCG